ACCAAAAAAUUGCAAAUUCAUAGGAAAGCUUCUAGAAAUUAGUUAAAAAGACGAAACUACCCUUACCUAAGAUGAUUUCGAAAUUCACGAAGAUCAAAACAAGUGAAGCAUCAUACAGCUCAUUCAAUAAUUGUUUUCAUCCAUCCUUCAUACUCGAAAGCUUUCUCCGGAAUUUCCUCGUCCAUAUCGGAGAUUGCUAUUCCUUUUCCCGGCGGCGAUCUCAUCAAUCAUGAGUACCGGCGACCUUCUCGAUAUCCAACCUGAAGAACUACAGUUUCCUUUUGAAUUGAAGAAGCAGAUCUCUUGUUCUCUACAGUUGUCUAACAAGACCGACAACUAUGUGGCUUUUAAGGUUAAGACUACAAAUCCGAAGAAGUAUUGUGUUAGGCCUAACAGUGGGGUUGUUUUGCCGAGGUCUACAUGCGAUGUUAUAGUAACAAUGCAAGCGCAAAAGGAAGCACCUUCUGACAUGCAAUGCAAGGACAAGUUUCUCCUUCAAAGUGUGAUUGCAAAUCCUGGAACUACCACUAAAGAUAUUACUCCUGAAAUGUUUAGUAGAGAGGCUGGCCACAAUGUUGAAGAGAACAAGUUGAAGGUUGUUUAUGUUGCUCCUCCUGGACCACCAUCUCCUGUUCGAGAAGGCUCUGAUGAAGAGUCUUCACCCGAUUCUGUAUCGGAAAAUGGACAUUCAAAUGUUACUGAAUUUACAGCUGCUUCAAGAACUUUCAACGAGCGGGAUGAAUCUCAGGGUGCUACGUUUGAGUCAACGGCUCAUAUUUCAAAAGUGACUGAGGAGAGAAAUUCUGCUAUCGAACAACAGAGAAGGCUUCAGCAAGAACUGGAGCUCUUGAGGCGCCAAGUCAGUAGAAGCCGUGGUGGAAUAUCGAUUACGUAUGUUCUUCUUGUUGCUGUGAUUGGCUUCAUUUUGGGAUACUUCUUGAAGAGGACAUAACUUGUGUGAUCUCCAGAAACUGGACUAAAAUAAUGUGAGUGAGCAGCAAAAGCUGUUUAUUUGUAUUAUUAUUUAUGCUUCUAGAAAUUUGGAUUGACGUAAUAGAUAGUUUGUUCUUUUAAGCAGACAGAUGAAAUUUCUAUUUUGAGAACCUUGUUAUUUGAUUUUCGUAUUGUCCAAUCUUUCAUCAGAUGACUCACAUGUAGAUUUUAAAUUCUUUUUAAAUAUGAUUUUCGAGUUUAUAA